GACAGACGGAGGGACAGACGGAGGGACAGACGGACGGUGAAGUACACAGAUGGAGGAGGUGUGUGAAGACGACCUCUGCUGGCUGCAGUUGGAUGAUUUCAGGAUGCUCCUCAUUAAAACCAUCGACCCUUCAAGGAUCACUCCUUACCUCCGACAGUGUCAGGUGCUUAGUGCGGAGGAUGAGGAGCAGCUCUUCAACGACCCCGCCCUCGUCGUCAGGAGGAGAAAAGUCGGAGCCCUGCUGGACAUCCUGCAGAGGACGGGGGUCAAAGGUCACACGGCUUUCCUGGAGAGUCUGGAGCUGGAUUAUCCUCAGCUGUACAGCCGCAUCACCGGGAAGGAGCCCAACAAGACCUUCAGCAUCCUCAUCGACACGGCAGGUGAGUCCGGUCUGACUCAGUUCUUGAUGUCGGAGCUGAGCCGCCUGCAGAGGGCGCUGCAGGACGAGAGGAGGCGUCGGCAGCAGGCGUGCUCCGUCGCUAAGGAACAGGAGGUGUGGUCUCGGCAGCAGCAGUUGAGGGACCGUGAGAUGAGGAAGUUGACUGAGCGCGUGCAGAAGAUCCGGGAGGAGCGUGAGCGUCUGAGCGACGAGGUCAAACAGCUGCGAGAUCACAACUACAGUCUGAUGGCCGACAUCAACGCGCUGAACCAGGAGAAGAGCAACGCCCUGCUCGCCAACAGGGACCUGCAGAUAGAGGUGGAGCGUCUGAAGCACACGGUGCUGCGAGCUGAGAGUCAGACUCGUCUGCUGAGACGGCGAACACUGAGGCCGCUGCAGGAGAGCAGGAGUCUGGCUCUGCCCUCCGAGACCUUCUUCCACCCCAACAGACUGGAGGAGCUGAAGGAGAAGGAGGAGAAACAGGAGGAGAAGAAGGAGGAGAAACAGGAGGAGAAGAAGGAGGAGAAACAAGAGGAGAAGAAGGAGGAGAAACAAGAGAAGAAGAAGGAGGAGAAGCAGCAGAAGGAGAGUCCAGCUCCUCCUCAGAUGAACCUCCUGGCUUCAAUGUUAAGACUGAGGAGAGACCUGCACCGAGCCGAGGAGCAGAGAGCCAGGAGUCAGGAGGAGAAGGAGGAGCUGGAGCUGCUGUCCACUCAGUUGAAAGGAGACGCCAAGAUGUAUCGCCAGCGAAACAAACAAACCCUUAGACAGCUGGAGGAGGUGAUCAGGGAGAGGGACAAGGCGUUGGCAUCACGGGCGGAGCAUCAGGAGGAGGUGAGGCAGCUCUUGCAGGAGAAGGAUCAGUACAGGGAGCAGGUCAGACAGCUCACUGAGCAAUCUGAUAGGCUGGAGCUCCUCCUGCUGAGGUCACAAGGGGAGGAGCUACAGCUGAGGACACGCCUCCGCAGACUCACCUGCAACACUCACCAGUGUGAGAGGAGUGUGAGCAGCGAUGAAGAGGAGGAGCCGACAGAGAAGGAUACCAAAGGGAGCAGUGAGGAGGUGCGCAGUGGGACAUCAGGGGAAAAUGAGGAGGUGGCAGCGCUGCAGCAGCAGCAGGACUCUCCUGUAGGAGGAGCCACAGAGUCUGAGCAGAAGCCCUGCACUGCUGCAUCAUGGGACGAGGAGACAGACGGCUGUCAGAUGCCCAGAAGUCGACCAAACUUCUUCUAUCGCAGGAAGCGAGCCCUCAGGUCGAAGCUCACCUCUAAGGAGUACCCAGCUGGUAACCUUGACGACAGCAGCGUCAGUGACAUCACAGACUCUGACUGAAAACAGAGAGUCUCAGAAACACUUUUUAUUUCUGCUGUUUGACUUUAGAAAUAUUUGUUUGGUUUAUUUCAGUCUGAUUCUGUGUUUUUACUUUUCAUCAGUGUGUCUGUGUAACAGUGACAUCAGCUGUCACAUCAAACUUCAAUAUUUGUUCUUUAACAUCGAGCUCAAGUUUCUGACAGGGAAAGACAAAACAGAUGAAAAGUUUCUACAUAUUAUUAUUAUUAUUUUAUUUUAUUUUAUUUUUUAAAUGCUCCUGGUUGAAUCAUCAGUGAUUUACUGUCAUAUUUUUGACUUAGUAAAAAUUUUGAUUUAUUUGAUAAUUUUGAUCAUUUAAGGAAAAAAAAUCUAAAUUUUAACAAGAAGUAUUUUCAUAGUUAGUCAUUCAUAACAUUUAAUCAGUGUUUGAUUCUGUUGAACUGAAUCAGAGGACGUCACAGCACGACCAAGAUGUUUCUCUUUUAUUAAAAAUAUUACAUGAAGAUUUAUCUGAGCAGCACUUAGAAAAACAAUGACAUGAAAACAAGAAACAAAAAUAAAACAAAGCUUUUGUUUUUUUUGUCUUUGAAUAUUCGUGUUUUGACUUCCGCUUCGCCCCCUUCCUGAUGGCUGCUCGAGCUGCCAACCUCGCGGACUAUAAACCGCCAGGACACUAAUGUAAUCCUAGGUAUUCUUCUUCUUCUUCUUCUUCUUCUUCUUCUUUUUUCUUCUUCCAAGGAAAUCGUACUUCCCAUGGGUGAAAACUCACCAAACUUUGCACAAAGGUCCAGUCUCAUGCCAGAUAUCCUCAGCUGUAAACUCAAGCCAAUAGUCCUGAUGGUGGCGCUACAGCAAGCGUCUAAAGUUCAAAACUUUCCUACACAACAGUGAACGGCUUACUCAAUUUGUGAAGCCACUGUUGAGUUGCUACUUGCCAAUUAGCUCAGAGUGGUAGAUGACCGUCUUAGGCUCCAGAGGUUGCAGGUUUGAGCCUUAACUGGUGCAGAAUCCACAUUGUAAUGUUAACAUCUUCUUGUGCUCCAGCUUAUUGCUGAAAAUUGCCUGAGCGUGACUGAUCACUGUGCAGCAUCUUCAAGUCUUUUUUCUGCUAGAAAAUCUGCCUUCUCAUGCUUGAAAAUAAACCAAACUUUGCACAAAGAUCCAGUGUCAAUACUUCAGUGUGAAACCAUCCGAGGCUUCUCACUUUGCACAUAGCUCAACUAGUUAAACAUCAGUUUUUCACUUAUGAAGCAAAUCAAUCAUUGUUACAAAUAAAUUACCAACAUCUCCAUGCUGUCUAGAUGCAGUAUGUGUAUUUUCAGAUUUUUGUUUCAAUAACUGAAUUUUUUUCAGUGGUUUGAAAUCUGCUUUUCUAUGCAUGGACAGCUGCUAAACCUGCACGUCUGGCUUAGUCAGUUUGUGAAGCCACACAUGAAUUGUCUCUGACUAAUUAGCUCAGUGAGAUAGAAAUUGAUUCUUAGUCUCAGAGGUUGUGAGUUCAAGCCUCAGCUGAUGCAAAAGGCAGAUUGUGUUGCUAAAUUCCUAAAUGUCUUCCAAUUCUUCUGCUUGUUGCUCAGAAUUGCCUAAAAAUGCCCGGACCCGACCCAUCGCUGCGCAGCAGCUACAAUUAACGGUGGUUUCUGAAAAAGAACAGAAGGACAGUUUGCCUAUACUGACACAGCACUAAAAAUGAACCAAAGAAGUCGCAACAAGAACGAGAGUGCAACUGCAGUGGAAGCUAGCUUGACCGCCGCUAACAAGAAAACAGGUGCUGCCAGCGACAUGAUGGCCGAAGUCCUGGCUGAGAUGAAAGGAAUGUGAAAGGACCUGACGGAAUGCUUAGACAAAAUUGAAGACUCACUAAAAGGGGUGAAGGAGCAAAUACGAGGCUCUGAAAACAGACUGGACGAGGCCGAGCAAAGAGUGAGCAACAUGGAGGAUAACGGUGCGCGAGCGAGGCUGCUGGCCUAUAUGAUAUGGAAACAACGCUGUUUAGAGGCGCACUGACCGCUUGAGGAGGUCAAACCUACGGAUUUACGGAGUGAAAGAAGGCACUGAGGUCCGAAAGACACACACAUGCACAAACAGGACCUAUACAUGCACAAAGUGGAGAGAUGUCAGAGUGAGGGGGCUGCCCUUUGGUCAGAUCAUCUCCAGCCACCAGUCCACGCUCCAUAUUUUGGUCCGGACGGGGACUCGAUCAGGCGACUCUCCGGUUCCCAACGCAAGUCCCUAUGGACUGAGCUACUGCCGCCCUGAAACUACAGCUCACGCACAUUGGUGAGAGAUAUUGAAUCGCUCUCUAACUGUAGCGGAGGUGCGGAGAUGAGAAGAGCAUCAGACAUAAAGUAAGUUCAUGUGUAACGUAAAAGUGGGGGCAUGGAACCUAUUACAAUGACACUGUUUUACAAACUUCUAUAUCAUGGCACUUAGUGAAACCACCGAAGCAUAUGGUAAUGAAAGAAUGGGUGGUCCGGGGAUAUUUAAGGGGAAUCAAACGCAAGGAAUUCUCAUUAACAUCUUAAGAAAGUUGCGUGACUGUCUUAACACCGGACAGUCUCAGGCCCAGACAUCUAGAUGUUCUGGACACUCCUUUAUUCUGUCACCACUCUGAGUAUCUGUACGAGUGAUAACAGCCCACAUGUAGUAACUUUGGGUGGCUGGCAGAGUAGGCUCACUGGACAGUGGGACACUAAGAUGGAAGUUACUGUAUUCCUUUUCAUAGCUAUGUACAUAGUUCUGUUCUCUUAUUAUUGUUACAUGUUUCAUACACACCAUAGGAAAAGAUGUUUACUAAUGGCAGCCGCGGUGCUCCCGGUCACAAUAUUUUGUCUGAAAAGCGUAAAAAGGCACAUGACAUACUCAGUCCUACAGAUGGUAGUAAAGCCCCACUGUUGGGCAUUGACACCAGCUGUCCAAGAUGUUGGGCUGUAGGGUGGUUACAUAUAAUGCGAAGGGGUUUGCACAGCCCCCAAAGAAGAAGGAAAAUAUUGCAUCAGCUGAAACAGAUGAAUUGUAGUAUCGCUUACCUUCAAGAAACACACUUGUCUGAUGCUGAACACAAGAAAUUAAAUAAAUCAUGGGCCUCACAGGUUUUUUACUCCUCUCAUAAAUCUGGUCGCAGAAGGGGUGUAGCAACUUUGACACAUAGAUCAGUACAAUUCUGUAUUGACUCUUCAUUUCAAGACAAAGAGGGACGUUAUUUUUUGAUUAAUGGUACGAUAAAUGGAGUCUGGGUGUCAAUGUUAAAUGUCUGUGCUCCAAAUGACAAUAGCCCACAAUUUAUGAAAAACAUAUUUGACUUAGUACUUGACAAGGUCCAAGGCAUGUUACUAGCUGGAGGAGAUUUCCAUUGUGUGCUAAAUCCAUUUCCACUUCUGGUAUAUAGAGAUUAAAUACCUCCCUGUUGGGGAUAUCGGCAUUUCAGGCUUCUCUAAGAGACGAGUUUACCUCUUAUCUGAAAUGUAAUGAUAAAGACGAUGUGUCCCCGAUCAUACUCUGGUUAGCAGCUGUGUUACGGAGAAAGAUAAUCCAAUUAGUUUCAACUUUUAAAAAGGCUAGGACAGCUAAACGUAUAGAACUGGAAAAUAAGGUAGAUGACCUUGAAAAACAACAUCAAGAAAAUACGUCGGCUGAAAAUCUGAAUAAAUUGAAAAAGGCGAUUAAAAACCUUAGAAACAACAAGAGCCCGGUACAGAUGGAUUCACCAAUGAAUUUUAUAAGAACUACAUAGAUCUCAUCAGCCUAAUCUUGGAGAGAGUAUACUCCAGUGCUCUUGAGAAAGGAGAGCUGCCGUUGACCUGGAAGGAGGCGAUCAUUUCGGUGACACCCAAUCUCACAGACUGUGCCUCUUACAGGCUGAUUGCACUCUUAAAUACAGACUGUAAAUUGCUGACGUCUAUACUAGCUAAACGAGUUGAAUCGGUCAUCACUACUGUAAUACACCCAGACCAGACGGGCUUUAUAGUCGGCCAGCAUUUGCCAGAUAACAUUCGCAGACUACUUAAUGUUAUGGAGCAUAGUAAUAUCUGUCCAGUCCCCUGCAUGGUAUUAGCGGUUGACGCUGAAAAAGCAUUUGACCGCGUAUCCUGGCUGUUUUUACUUAAAACCUUGAAUAAAUUCAGAUUUGGCCCAAACAUUAUUAGAUGGAUCCAGCUGCUAUUUACUGCUCCUCAGAGUAUGGUCAGAGUCAACGGACAUAUAUCUCAAGCUUUCGAACUAGGCAGAGGGACACGCCAGGGGUGUCCACUGUCACCACUCCUUUUUGCAUCAAGCAUUGAGCCACUGGCACAGAUGAUACAAGAGGAUGCAAAUAUUAAAGGUAUAGAAAGUGGCAACGAAAUUCAUAAAAUCUCGCUCCAUGCAGAUGACGUUAUAGUUUAUUUAUCAGACCCCCUAAAUUCAGUUCCAAAGCUGAUGGACUGCUUUGCCAAAUUUGGAGCCCUCUCAGGAUAUAAAGUCAGUGUUAAUAAAACAGAAGCCUUGGCCUUGAACUCGCUUAUUACACACCAGAUGAGAGCAGCAUUCAUGUUCAAGUGGCCAAAGGAUGGCAUUUCCUACCUGGGAACCACUAUAACACAAAAUCUGGAUUAGUUAUAUAAGCCGAGCUACAAUAAAUUAAUUGACAAUAUAUGUGCUGAUCUUAAUAGAUGGGCUGUGCUGCUCCUCACUGUCUCAGGUAGAAUAGAGAGUAUUAGGAUGAAUGUGCUACCUAAGUUGUUAUUUCUUUUCCAAACGCUGCCCCUCACACCACCAAAAAACAUGUUUACAAUUUUAGACCGCCUCAUCUCCAGAUUUAUCUGGCAGGGAAGGCGUCCUCGUGUCAGAUACAAAACUCUGCAGUUCUCUAAACAACAUGGAGGGUGGGGACUCCCCCACCUUAGACAUUACUCAGUCAGCUAAGGGCUUUGACAAUUUGGAUUUUAGACAAGAGAGACACAAGGUGGUUGGAAAUUGAGAAGUCACUCUGUACUCUAAUGCCUUUAUCAAAUGUUCCGUUCACUGAAAAUGAAGCCCUAGAAGAGACCCUGGGUAGAUGGUCCAAAACUACACUGGCAGCAUGGAGAGAGGUGCAGAGGACUUUUGGCCUCCCUGGUGAUGUGUCACUUUUGUCAGGUGUUGCUCAUCUAAAAGGUUUUAUACCCCUAAAAUUGGACGCAGGAUACAAAAGACAGAGACAUCUAAAUCUUGACUUCAUCCACCGGUUCAUUGAGGAUCAGGAAUUGAAAACAUUCGAACAGCUGAUUAAUGAAUUCGACCUGCCAUGAUCGGAUUUUUAUAGACAUCUUCAGAUAAGAAGUUAUUUGCUUAAACACCAGACUGGAACCACAUUAAAAAAUCUGACUCAUCUACUGAGCAAUACCUGACAAAGAUUCAAAACAAAGAGCACAUAAGGAGACCAACAUCUAGUGUAUACAAAGGUCAAAGGUUUUUUAUUUGUCAUCUCUUAGUACGGAGUACAAAAGAAAUGAAAUAGUGUACUCCUAGGUGAAAGAAUAUUAUCAAACAUGAAACAAGAAAACACCCUACAUAUCAAACAAAAAUGGAAGCAGAGCUCAAACUAGAAAUAAGCGAGGAGGUCUGGGAUAGUAUCGCAUCAGACAUGCACAAAGUCACUAAUGCAAAUCUAUGGAGAGAGUUCCAGUGGUGAAUAGUCCAUAGUCCAUCCAGCUUGGUUUGAAGUGGUGGGGGAGGAAUGGAGAUAGGCAAGUGUGGAAAACUUACAUUUUACCAGUUUUCACAUCAGGUGACUUACUGGUGAUGAGAUGGGGAUCCACGGCUGCUGUUGUCCUGUUAAUUUUGGUGAGUCUGUCACCUUUUUAUAGCCUGCUGGGCUUGUUCAUUUUUCAGUCCUAUUUGGUAUUGGGCAGCUAAUGGUCUUAUAAACACUGGUCCAGGAUAAUGUUGUUUCACAGAAGGGUUAGGUUGAUCAGAGGGCCAGCGAUUGUGAGAGGAAAAUGUGCUUACACUUAGAUGUGUGUUUGAAUGAAUGGGCAGAUAAAAGUUGUCUGGAAAGUGGUACACAAACUGGCUGUUAAAGAAAAUGAAUGGUUUAUUUUAUAUUUUAUUAUUAUUAUUAUCAUUUCCUUUUUUGUAGAAUUUAGAAGAAAAGAAGAAUAUGUAACACCUGGAACAUGUGCGAUGUAUAUUUCACAAUGUUGCUCAAUAAACAUA